ACCCGGCACGGAACGGUUAUGUUCUAGGAGUGAAGUUGCUGCGAGAAAAGUUUUUGAAUUUUGAAAAGUAGUUCAAGUUAUUUUAUCAGUUAGAUAAAAUAAUUUACCAUUUUGAUAUAAAUGCAACGGAGUAUUUUUUGUGCCUCAAGAGUUUAGAACAAAUCGAAUAUGCUAAGAAAAUGAGCUUUAUACGAUACGUAGAUGGUUGAUGGAAUAGUGUAACGUUAUCAUCACCACUCCACUUAUAUUUGAUCAGGCUAAUCGAAUUAGAAGAACAAGUUAAAGAAACUGCUUGUCUUAGUAUAAGAUGCAAAAGUGGAACCAUCGCCUGAAAGACAAAUUGCGCAUCCUUGAAGAAAUGAAAGUGUAAAUUAGAAUUGAUGCAUACAAGAGUUAUCAUAUCUCAAUCAACGACAAGCGACUCCCUGCAGAAUAUAGUUUGCUGCAUGACAAUUCCGAAGGAGACUUAAUCCAUCAUCAUCAAUUAGCUACAGCUCUGUAAUCAGUGAGAAAUAGCAAUACAUAGUGUUGGAUUGGAUCCUAGUGAGUUUUUGCUUCGCGUUCAUAACAAGGAAAAAAAACCGUUGCAAUAGUCCGCAAAGACGGCUAGAGAGAUUAUACCAAUGAAAUAACAAUUCAACGGACGGCAACCGGCUCAAGAUGAACAACAGCAAGAUGCAAAUACGGGAGAGCUUCACAGCGGAUGGCACGACUAGACCGUAUAGUGAAAAUCGGGGUUAUUUCAUCACGAGAAUGGCCCUUUUGACGACGGUGGCGAUAUUUAGCUGCCUGCUGGUGGGCACCGGUCUGCUCAUAUAUCAAUUUGCUGGCUGCCAAGAAGCGCCAGUACACGCCAGCAUAAGCGAUCAUCAUUACCACUUUGUGUCAAACCACACGCGGUUACAUCUCGACACAACCAGUUUGCCGGCUCCGAUCGACAUUAGCACCGUUCCCUUGACGACAAGCACAUCUUCUAGCAUCACCAUAGUUGACGGCGUCGAUUCUAAUGAAUCCAAGCAUCAAUCUAACAUUACCCUCAGCCAAUCAGAACCCGAAGAUGACAAUGUACGAUUACCCAGAUCAAUUGAACCGAUUGCGUACGACAUUCAAUUAAUCCCGUUCAUAUCUGAAGACAAUUUCACUUAUGUCGGCUCGAUUGAAAUAGAUGUGCUGGUGAAGGAGAACUGUGAUAACAUAACGCUUCACGCGGUUGCGCUUAAAAUACGCGAGGCACAUGUUCGGAGACAUGGGCAGGCUGGCAAUAAUGACAGUAACUAUACACGCCGGUACCGUACAAGCAGGGAAACAACAAGCGACGAUAAUCAACUAGCAGAUGAUGAUGACAAUUUCGCAGAUGACAAUGUCAGUGAUUUAGCGCAAAUCGAAAUAGAACGGCAGUUCAUUGUAGAUAGUAAACAAUUUUUUGUACUUAAACUAAAGCAAAUGUUGCAAGCUGGCGAGCGGUAUACGGUGCACAUCAAAUUCGAUGGAAUACUCAAUGAUUAUCUCCAAGGGUUCUACCGAAGUUCCUAUACCGUUAAGAAUGAAACAAGAUGGCUAGCCACAACUCAGUUUCAACCAACAGACGCCCGCCGUGCGUUUCCUUGUUUCGACGAACCUGCAUUGAAAGCACGGUUCAGCAUCAGUUUAGCGCGACCGCGACACAUGGUUUCAUUAUCUAAUAUGCCUAAAAUUAAGUCAUAUCCGGCCAGCGAAGAUGGAUUGGAAGACUAUAUGUGGGAUGUUUACCAACAAUCGGUUCCAAUGUCCACAUACCUCGUCGCGUUUGUAGUAUGUGACUUUGUCAAUCUGUCCUCCAAUAAUUUCGCUGUUUGGGCUCGGUCCGACGCUAUAAGCUCUGCUCGAUACGCUCUGGAUGUGGGGCCACAAAUUUUGAAGUAUCUGGAACAGUUCUUCGAUAUCAAGUAUCCCUUGCCAAAGAUGGAUAUGAUUGCAUUGCCGGACUUUAGUGCGGGAGCCAUGGAGAAUUGGGGUCUAAUAACAUAUCGUGAAACUGCCAUGCUUUACGAAGAGAACGUUUCAGCGAAUAGUAACAAACAACGAGUAGUCACAGUUGUUGCUCAUGAAUUGGCUCAUCAGUGGUUCGGAAACUUGGUAACCCCUACAUGGUGGACGGAUCUUUGGCUGAAUGAGGGAUUUGCGAGUUACAUGGAAUAUUUGGGCGUGGAUGCUGUCGAGCCUGCAUGGAAAUCCAUGGAACAGUUUGUAGUUAACGAACUUCACAAUGUAUUUUCGUUGGAUGCCUUGUCCUCUUCACAUCAAAUUUCAGUGAAGGUUCACAAUCCUGAAGAAAUCAAUGAAAUUUUCGACAAGAUCUCGUACGGUAAAGGAGCUGCAAUCAUACGGAUGAUGGAUCACUUCCUAACGGCUGAAGUGUUCAAGAAAGGGCUAACCAAUUACUUAAACGAAAAAAAAUAUCAAAGCGCCGAACAAGAUGAUCUUUGGAGGUAUCUCACAGAAGAAGCAAGGAACAGAGAAAUCUUCGAUGAUUCAACAACUGUGAAGGAAAUUAUGGACACUUGGACAUUACAGACGGGAUUUCCAGUCGUGAAAGUAACGCGAGAUUAUGACAGCAACAAUAUUGAGUUCUCUCAAGAGCGAUUCAUAUUCAUUGAACCAUCGAGCAAUUCAUCCGAUAAAAGUUACGAUAAACCUCUGUGGUGGAUUCCUAUUACAUAUACGACUCUUGGCGAAAGCAAUUUCAAUAAUACCAGGCCCUACGUUUGGAUGAAGGCAGAGGAGAAGCUUUUACUGCAGGAUACAGAUAUUCCCAAUCACGAUUGGAUUGUGGUGAAUAUUCAACAAACAGGUUAUUACCGAGUGAACUAUGAUCAGCGAAACUGGGACAUGAUUGCCAAUCACUUGAGAGACCGGCGGAAGUAUAAUACGAUUGCGCCAGCUAAUCGAGCACAACUAAUCGAUGACGCGCUUAACCUCGCUCGAGCUGGAUAUCUAAAUUAUAGUGUAUCGUUGAAUGUUACCAGAUAUCUAAUUCACGAAACGGAGUACGUACCGUGGAAAGCGGCCAUUGGUGCUUUGAACUUCAUCGAUUCUAUGUUGAUCAAAACAAGCAGAUACGAUAAGUUUAAAAAAUACUCUCUUCACCUGCUGAAACCGAUCUACGCAAAAGUCGGAUUUGACGAUCCUAAAGAUAGUCCCUUAUUGACGAUCUACAAACGAGUUGACGUACUUACAGCUGCCUGCCAUUUAGGCUACAGAGAGUGUGUGAGCAAAUGUGUUCAGAAAUUCUAUGAAUGGAUGCAUGAGAUCCAUCCUGACAUCAAUAACCCAAUUUCCCCAAACUUGAAGAAUAUUGUUUACUGUACGGCGAUAAAGUACGGUGAUCAAGCUGAAUGGGACUUCGCAUGGGAACGAUUCCAGAAAACGACAAUUUCUAGUGAGAAAGAAACGCUCUUAUCUGCUCUCGGAUGCUCGCGAGAGACGUGGAUUCUAUCAAGAUUUUUGGAAUUCUCUAUGACCGAUGAAUUCGGAAUUCGUAAGCAGGAUGUCUUCCGAGUAUUUCUCGCUGUAUCAAGUAAUGUUAUUGGUCAACCGAUUGCCUUCAACUAUAUUCGUAACAACUGGAAAAAGAUGAAAGAAUAUCUCGGAACAUCAAUGUCUAAUUUGAAUAUGAUCCUAAAAUUUUCGACAAAACGUCUGAAUACCCAGUACGAGCUUGAUGAAUUAAAAGAUUUUGCACAAACACACUUGAAAGAUACUGGAAGAGCUAUUCAGCAAGCUAUUGAAAGAGCACAAGCCAAUAUCUUAUGGAUGGACAUGAAUGCCGAUACAAUUAAUCAAUGGCUAAGUGAGGUUGAAUAUGAUCCCGAUGACAUAUAAGCAUGUAAGUAGUACAUUAGGGACACCGGUUAAAAUGGUUUCCAAACAUCGCAAGAUAUAUUACUGUACAUCCUACAUAAGUGUUCUAUAUUGUAACGCGCGCAACGAUAAAACACUUUUAUCAUAAGUUAGGUAAUAGUUUUAAAUGUAAAUGAACAAGACUGUAAAUAUUUUGGCAGGAGUUUGACCCAGAUCUACGGUAGGAAAUGUCUAGCAUAUCUCUAAACAAGGUCGUAUAUGGCAUCACGCAAAUAGCUCGUAGUAACAUCGACUUAUAUUGCCCAAGCUUACAGGAGUAUCGUUUACACAUCUCACUUACAUACCAAUGAAUGAUUGUUAGUCAAAAUUAGUGUCAAAGCUGUUCUAUUUUGCAAUAAUUUAAUUUGUACUUAAGAUAUUUAAAAGAAUGACGCGAAUUAUAAACUUUUGUAA